AGCCAGCCAGCCAGCCGGCCGGACCAUAGAGCCGCAUUGUCCGAGCACGGCUCCGAGAGGGUCGCCGAGGCGCCUGGGACACGAGGGCUCCCGCUUUAUCCCCGUGCGCCGAUGCCAGGCGAGGGCUCGAACGAAGGGAGGGUGGAGGCGCGAUUUGUCUUUGGAGGUUCCCCGGAACCCCGACCCAGAGGCUCCAAGGGGGCUCGGUGGCCCUUCCAGCUCUAACUUGACGGCCAGGCGACCCGUCUGACCUUGGUAACCGUGCAAGGUGCGUGGACUUCGGCUCCCAGGAUUCUUCGGUCGGUGUGGCAGUCUGGCCAACUCGAAGUUCACAGAUCUUAAAAUGGCCAAGGUUGAGAAACGCUGGUCUGGAUCGAUAGUUGGCGACUUGCAGGUCUUGUUGUGCAUCAGCUGAGGAGUGGCCCGGCUGGGUUGAGCGCCGGUUCGGGUUGGGUCUAACUGUCCUGCCCAACAGGCUUGGCCAAAAGGGAGGAGGUGCCUGGGGCUUGUUUGUGGGGUGGCUUAGUGGUGAGCUGCUGCUAGGGCAGGGAACUCUAUUUGCCAUUCAGUUCUGCAAAGGGGAAAGAAAUCAGCUUCAUUUUUCAGCAGAGCGGUUUUCCUAUAGCAUCUUUUGUCCUUUCAUUUCCUUACGUGCAAAUGCAUACACACACACACACACACACACACACACACACACACGGCGGAAGAGCCCUCACCCACAGACUUCCUGUUACAGACUGCCUGCAAAAAUCUUCCCUACAUCUUCUUGCCCAGUCAUUUUUUCACUUUUCAGAAGACAGGCACCUGCUACCUGUGCUAACAACAACGGGGAACAACAUAUCUGGCUCUCCUAUCGAAGCAUGGGAAGCCAGGAACAGUUGCUGUGGGCAACUGUCCUUGCCCUGUUCUUCCAAGGCAUCAGCAUAAGUGGAAACACCGCAUCUGGAAAUGAGAUCAUCACCAAAGAGCAGGAACGAAAAAAAGUCUCCCUGGUAUGUAAAGAGGGCAAUAAUGAGACACGCUGGUCAAAAGACGGGACGAAUCUAACCUACCAAGGGAAGGAGUUGGUGUUGGCUGUGAUGGAUGAUCCCAGAGGCAUCUAUGUGUGUAUCAACAGUAAUAAGGAAAGCAGACCCCUGCAAGUUUUCAUCCGGAGUGCUGUGCCAGAACUGCAUCCAUCUGGACUUCACCACAAUUCUGGGGAUUUCAGCAGCCAGCCUCAUUACCACAGUCUUCCUGGCUAUCGCUGUGUACCACAUAGCCGUGGAAGAGCGGGGCCGGCCAGCCCAAGCUUCUGAUAAGCAGUGCCUGUUGGCCAACGACCAGCUGUACCAGCCUCUCCAGGAGCGCAACGACAGGCCAUACAGCCACAUUGGCAUUGCCAAGCCUCGCCGCCGAUGAAGCCAUUAUCCAGCCACAUUCAGGUUCCCCUUCCUGUGCUCAAUUGCUGAAGGACGCCCAUUACAUCGGCUGAGAUGGGGAAUUGUGGGGCCCUCCACCUGCGCCUGCCUUCUACUCCAGGGCCUCAAGCCUGAGGGAGCCAACAAGGCCUGCUAGAGCUAUCAGAGCUGCCGGAUUUCAUUUUCUGUUUGUUAAACUGAAGUGUAUGGGGUUUGGGGGCGGGGUGGGCAGCCUGCUUUAAACUUGUUUAAUGAAUGCACUUGGGGUGCAGUGCUGGGAAUGUGGUGGCCAAUCAGAAUCCUUAAGAAUAUCUUUUCUCAGCAAUACAAGUGGGCCGGUUCAUCUUCCAUUCUCCCCUUUGCAGCUGAAACUGGGUCCCUGGUGUUGCUACCCUGUGCGUCCUGCCUCUUCCCCAAUAAAAGAUGUUGCUUACAA